AUGCUUAAAGUACCUUUUAUACGUUUCAUAACUAAUACACGAUACGGCCGAGCCUCGGAGGUGGUGAACUGCAGCUACCUUACUGCCAUCCCCCGCUCCGUCGAAGCUGAGUUCGACGUGGUCAGCGCCGUGACGCUCACCGCGCCCCUGGUCGCUGCGCUUGGGGCACGCGCGCCGCAGAUGCCCUUAUAUAUUAAGUUAAGUGACAUAGAAGACAGAACUGACACAAUAAAGACCCAACUGCGUACCUUCCAGACUCAACUUGACAAUGAAACUUACUUAUUGUAUGAAACCCAAAUUAAUUAUCUCACCAAUAAGCUUGAUAAGGUAACAGACCAAUUAAAAUCAUUAAAACCAUCUCGUGCUAAAAGAGGCCUUGUAAACGGGUUUGGCUCUAUUAUAAAAAGCAUAACUGGAAAUCUAGAUUAUUCUGAUGCCCUAAAAUAUGAUCACGCUAUUAAAACUUUACAGGAUAGUCAAACUAUAGUAGUCAUUGAUUUCAAUAACCACAUAAGUAUUAGUAAAGAAUGGAUGUCUCGACACAAUUUGAUAUUAAUAGAAUUGGCAAAUAAUCAACGCAAAAUUAAUGACACCUUGCAAAUUAUUCUAGACCAAAAUGCAUACAGAGACUCUAGCCUGAUAAAGUACGCUAAAUUCGCGCAAUUAUUGGAAAUUAUAGGAGAAAAUAUAGAUGACUUAUUAACGGAAUUACUUAGAAUAGAAAAUACAUUAGCUUUUAUACGCGCAUCGAGCGCACAUCAUUCAAUGUUAGAUAUAAUUAUUUUAAGAUCCAUGAUAGAUAAAUUAAGGAAAAUAUAUAAUAAAGAACAAAUCCUAGGAUUAGAGCUUAGAGAAUACUAUGAUGUAAUCAAAACUGCAUCAUAUUAUACUGAAGAUAGAAUAGUUAUAGUUUUUAGGUUUCCUAUAGUUUCCCUAGACAUAUAUAACCUAUAUCGAUUAUCAAUCGUACCUAAUAAACAUAACCAAGCCCUAAUCCCAUUCCAUCCAUAUAUAGCAACAGGUGAAAAAAAAUCAUGUGUACAUAGAGGCAGAACGCCCGAAGUUAAGCACCUGGUAUCUGUGCGAAAAGAACGUGGGAACUCAAAUACGAGCGGAGGAAGACUGCAUCAUAAAACUUGUCGCUAAACAAGUCUUAGAA